AUGAAAAUUAGUGAAGUCAUACUUUUGGUUUGUAUCUCCUUGGUGUCUGCUGGAACUCUAACAAAAACGGAUGCAUGUGUUUGCAAUCAAAUUUUGAGUUAAGUAGAUUGUGCAACAUACGAUGAUUGCCAAUGGAACAGCGUAUCUGCUGUGUGUGAAGUUCGUAAGUCAACUGAUAUUGAAUCCUACUGUUCUCAGAGCACUACUUGUCCUAUUUCAGGAUGCGCAUUCUAUAAUAAAAAGUGUAAACCAUAUAGCGGUUGUACAGUUUAUAUAGCUACAACCCAUGCUGAUUGUCAGGCUAUCUCGCCCUUAUGUACAAGUAAUGGAGAAAAAUGCAUUAAUAUAAGCACAACUUGUGAUGAUUAUCUUGUUUAAAUAGCCUGUCAAAUUAAUACUUAACAGUAUCCUUGUUUUUGGGAUAGUUAGAAUAGUAAAUGCUAAGAGAUAGCAGCAUGUGAUUAGUUCCCAACCACUUACGACUCCCAUCAACAAUGUUAAUCAAUGGGAUUACUUAAAUCAAUUAAGUGCACAGUCAAAGAAACAGGUGGUUGUAUCAACAUUGAAGAUGAUUGUACUAAGCAUACAGAAAAGGGUUGUGUUGUAAAUUCUUUAGGGAAUCAAUGUUUUUGGGAUAAUGCUGCAUGCAAAGAGAAAACAUGUGUCAAUGCUCCGACCACUUAUACUACUUAAGCAUAAUGUUAACAAUAUAUGAAUACAUGCUCAGUCAAUGAGAAUAUGGCAGGCUGUAUAGAUAGUCCUGCAUCAUGUGAAAAUUACACUAAGGAAGGUUAAUGUAUUGCUGUGAAUGGAUAGAUCUGUUUUUGGUUUUCAAUAACAUGUACUGAAGGAUAGUAAAAUUGCACUGCAAGUUCAGGAUGCAAGGUUUGGUCAUGUGAAAAUGCAUUGAGCACUACUAAUACAGAUAUAUUAUGCUCAUAAUUUAAGAGUGAAUGUACUGUGAAUGCAACGAAUACAGGAUGUAUUAAAAGAGAAACUGCUUGUAAUUUGUAUAAAACAGAAAAUUAGUGUAUAAAAACAUUGGAUGAAUCUUAGAGAUGUUAUUGGAAUGGUACAGGUUGUGUUAAUAAGAGUUGUGCCAAUGCUAUUUUAACAACUUAUAAUGAAUCUAAUUGCAAUAGAUUUAUGCCAACAUGUACAUUAAUCAACGAUAAAUGUGGAGUCAGAACUUGUAAUACAUACCAAACAGAAAGACUGUGCAGUAUAGAUUAUUAAAAUCAAUAAUGUGUUUGGAGUGGAUCUUGUCUUCUAAGGACAUGUCAAAAUGCAGGAGAUGAAUACAAUACUCAUAAUGAAUGUCAGUCUUGGUUGAGUAGUUGCACAGUGCAGAAAGAUCUAAUUGGUUGUUAGACCCAAGAACUCACUUGUACCAAUUAUUUGACACAAGAACAAUGUUAUAUGGCUAAUAAUAAUACAAUUAAAUGUUUGUGGAUUGACAAUAAAUGUGUUUAAAAGACAUGUAGUACUGCUAGUACAUUAACGUCAACCGAUGAUGAAUGCAAUAUUUAUUUAGGAGGAUGUAUGAUAAACAGUAAUCAAGCUGGAUGUGUUGCUAGGAAAACUAAUUGUGCCGAUUUGCUAUAAUUUUAAUGUACAUUCACAACUUCAGGCUAGUUAUGUUUUUGGGAUGGAACCAAAUGCGUAGACAGAAUAUGUACAUAAGCCAAAUAUAAUACUUAUAGGGCUUGCACAACCUUUUUAUCAUCAUGUACUGUUAGUUACACAGGUACAAGCUUUGAUGGAUGCACUAGUAAAUAAUAAAAGUGUUCUGAUUAUCAAUAUGAAUAGAAUUGUAUAGAUAGUUUAGCAGAAGGCAAAUGCAUUUGGAAUAAAAAGGCAUCUCCUAAUGCAUGUUAAGUGAGAAGUUGUGCCAACUCAGAUUAAACAUCAACCGAUGCAGCUUGCAAUAGUCAUCUUAAUACUUGCACAGUAAACGCUGCAAAAACUGGUUGCUUAGAGAGAUAUGAUAAAUGUUCCUCAUUUACAAGUCAAAUUAAUUGUAUCAAAAAUUUAACAGGAGGAGAAUGUUUAUGGUACAAUAACGCAUGUACAGAUAAAACUUGUGAUAAAGCAGAUAAAACAUUCACAACUCAUGAGGAUUGUUAUUCAUACAGUAGUAAAUGCACAACUAAUGGGAAGGGUUGCAUAAACAUUGAUAUAUGUACUGCUUAUACUUUAAAGUCUGGAUGUGUACUAGAUAAGAAUAAUAACAAUUGUGCAUUCCAACCUAGUUGCAAUAUAUUAUAAUGUUCAGAUGCUCCCUAAUCAUAUUCCACUGACUAGGAUUGCAGAAACUUCAAAAAAGAAUGUACUACAAAUGGAAGUGGCUGUGUUCUUAGAACAACUUGUACUGAUGCAUAUAUCGAAGAGGCUUGUGUUACAGACUCAACUAAUAAUUAGUGUGCAUGGAUCAAUAAUAAAUGUGUUAAUUUUGGAUGUAGCAGUGCUCCAAGUAAAUAUGUUACAGAGAAGGAAUGCAGACUUUAUAAGUUGGGUUGUACAGUAAAUUAAUCAGGGGGAUGCAUUGAAAAGGCAACUUGUAAAGAUGCUAAAAUAUAAGCAGCAUGUACAACUGAUAAGGAUGGCAACGAAUGUGAAUUUUCUGCUGCUGGAUGUAGAGAUAAGGUUUGUAGUGAUUACACUUUUACGACUCAUAAAGAAUGUUAAGCAGCCAAAAGUACAUGUACAACUGAUGGAACCAAAUGUGUCAAUUAAUAAAAUUGUAGUCUAAAAACAAAGAAUGGAUGUUUCUAUGGAAGUGAUGGACCAUGUUUAUGGAUUAACAAUGCAUGUUAUGCUUAUUCAUCAUGUUAAUCACUUGUAUUUAGUGAUCAUACUUCAUGUUAUUCUUUCAGUAAUGAAUGCACAACUGAUGGAGUAUCAUGUAUUGCUAUUGACAAAUGUGCCAAUUUAGCUGAGUAAAGUUGCUAUCAUGGUACAGAUGGCAGAUGUGUCUAUUCUCCUGAUGCUUUGAAUGGAUAAAGUAAAUGCAAAGUAUAUGAUGGAUGCAAAUCUGCCUUUUUCAAUACUCAUGUAUAAUGUUAACUUGUUGACCCUACUUGCACUACUGAUGAAGCCAGUUGCAUUGAUCUAUAAGAUUGUACUUCAUAUACAAAAUAAAGUACUUGUAACAUCGAUCAAAAAAAGAAUAAAUGCUAUUAUGAUGACUAAGAAAAGAAAUGUGUUCUAUUAGAAUGUAAAUAUUUGACUUUAACAACUCAUCAAGAAUGCAAUGAUCAAUUAUCCACUUGCACUUCAGACAAUACGAAAUGUAUGAGUAUGGGUAAGUGUGAAACAUAUGCUAAGGAAUACUGCAACACUUCUUUAGGAACUGAUGGCAAAUGCAUAUUUGAUCCAAACCUCAUCAAAUGUCGUCUAGCAUCAUGCACAGAAUUAAAUACUAACUGUUCUUUAAUAACAAAUUGCAUUGACAGUGGUGUAGGGUGUGUCAUUAAAGCAAAUUGCAGUAAAUAUGAAACUGAAAUUGCAUGUAAGUAAGGAGGUAGUGAUGGAUUCUGUGUAUGGUAUUUAAACAAUGGAGAAGGUGCUUGUAAACUAAUGACAUCUUGUUCCGAUGGCUCAUCCAACAAAUAAGCUUGCGCAUACAAAUCAUGGAAUUGCUAAUGGACUGAAACAUCAACUUAAACUGCUUGUGCUUAACACACUUGUUCCUCCAAAUAUAAAGAAACCGGAGUUUGUCAACCUAUAUUAGAUUUCGAUGAAAAGAACUAUGAAUUAUGUGCCCUAACAAGUUCAUAAUGCAUUUCCAUGGAAUUUCCAUCGCUGAUUCAAGCCAAUUGUUUUUCAGCCACAGCUUAUACCUAUACCUGGGAUUCUGCUAAUUCUAAAUGCUUAAAAUGCGGAUCAACUUAUACAAACAACUCUAAUAAUCAAACCAACAAUUCUGACAACUCAACUGAUUAAACCGAUAUAAGCGACAAAUCGCUUACAUUAUUUACAUCCAUCAUAAUGAUUAUUAGUAUAUAUAUAUGA